AUGGCUUCCGCUGCUGUUGCUUCGUCAAAAGACAACCCCUGGGAAACCACCGACUUUCCUGAAAGCGGCACAGAUCUCGUUACCAAGAUCCACCGCAAGUCGUAUGAAGCAAUCUCGCCAUCUAGGCCUGAGUUAUCCCAAGCUGGUAACACGAUCCUCGUUGCCGGUGCGUCUACUGGCAUUGGUUUCACUAUUGCUGAAUCCUUUGCUGCCGCUUCAGCACAACGUGUUGUCAUCACCGGCCGUCGUCAAGAUGUCUUGGAUGAAGCUGCUGCUAAGAUAAAGGUCAAAUACCCUAGAGUCGAGGUUGUCCCCAUCAUCAAUGACUUUGCAGACGAGGCGGCUACCCAUGGGCUCUGGACAAAGCUUGCAGGGGAUGGUAUCUUUGUUGACGUUCUGGUUUUGAAUGCUGCUAAGAUGUGGCUGCCGAAUACUCUGCUUGGUCUCGGUUUUGAUACCUUCAAGGGUGGUCUGACAGUCAAUGUCGCUGCACCAUAUCUAUGGACCAGCCUCUUUCACAAGCAGAGAGAAGUAAACCCUGAUCGAAAGCUGGCACUUAUCAGUCUUUCUACAGGUGCUAUCCACGCUACUCAAGUCGCUGUUCCCAUCCCGCUGUAUUCUCUUACCAAAAGCGCCUACACCAUGAUGAUGAACGAAAUUGCCAUGACUGUACCCGCUCAUGAGAUGCAAGUCCUUGCAUUUGACCCAGGCCUCCACUACACCGAAUCCUUUGCACGGUUCGCCGAUGAGAACAGUCUUCAAUGGGACGACAUCAAACUCCCUGGUGAUUUUGCCGUUUGGGCAGCAUCUGAGGAAGCUGAGUUCCUCCAUGGUCGUUUCGUCUGGGCUAAAUGGGAUGUCAACGAACUUAAGAGCGUGCCACUGCGUACCAAGAUUGAACAAAACCCUUCGUUAUUCCGGGUUGGCGUCAAUGGUUUCUAG